AUGUCUAUUGUCAGAAAAGACUCCAAGCCCAUCGAGAAUGACGAGGAGGGGGCCUACCUAUCAUUUGACGCAGCCUCUCAGGGAGUGCUCGUUCUCACCUGGAGCAAGCACAGCGUUCCCAACGGACUGAUGCACUUCCGCCCCCGCAAGCCGGUGCCCUCGUUCAAGUUUACCACGAAUCAAGGCCGCACGGAGCUUAUUAGAGAUUGCCAAAAGGACACGAAGCGGUACUUCCAGGGAUACUGCGCGUUCCUCAAGGCUGUUCGAGCUUUCGAUGGCGAGGUUACGUUCAUUGACCCAUCAGGCCCUCUAAAGACGCAAGUGUGGCUGCACCGUUUUGAAGGUAAUGAAGUCAUUAAAAUGGAGAUUGGCCACGCGUAUGAGCUAAAUGGGGUGGACGCUGUUGCAAUAACUCCUUUCGACUACACCGCUCUCAAUGCAAAGACCCUAACGACCAGCCUCUUUCAGGAGAAAGCGGAGAGGUCCGGAGCGAGCAUGUUGUUUAUCUCGUGA